CCAAGUGACCGUGCCGUACAGCAGUUUCUGUUGCAGCUUCACUUCCGUGUACGGUUUGUGUGAGACAAAGGCGCUCCAAUUACAAAUCCUCCCUAAAUUAUUAAUGGCAUACUAACAAUAUUGUUAGUACAUCGCAUGACUACUUUUAUUGUCUUUUAAGUCCAAAUAAACUCGUCUCUGUGCACGUCGAAGCGUCUCGAGCUAGCUUAGGUUAGCCUGCUAGCCGCUAACAAAGAGACGACUUUGUUGUCCAGAUAUCACUUGAAGCACAGGUCGCGAGUGAUUGUAAAGUGUUCCGGCAAUCGUGCGAAAAUGUGUGCAAAAAGUGUGAAAGGAGAUUACGCGGAGGAACUUUUUGGAACAAAAGAGGAGUGCGAGCGACAACAUCAACGACUGGACGCUGCUGUCAAGGAGCCUCGCGAUGACAGAGCAGACGUCAGUGAAGAAUAUCUUCAUCCUGAGCAGCAGGAAUGGAGCUUCAGGAGGGAGACGCAGGAGUCAGAACAGCCCUACGUUAAAGAGGAAGAGCAAGAAGCUGCCAUCACAGAAUUUCCUUUUCCCAGGGUCAUUGUGAAGAGUGAAGAUGAUGAUGAGCAAGAUGAGUGGCCGCUGCUUCGUCCCAGUCAAAACAUUGGCGAAGAAGAUCUUUGUUCUGAGCGGCAGGAGAUUAAAGAGGAAGAGCGGGAGACUCAGCUCACACAGUUUCCAUUGGCUGGUAUCAUUGUGAAGAUUGAAGGUGAUGGCGAGGAAGAAAGUAAUGGAGAGCACCGUGGAGGAUCACAAAAAGAUGGGCUCUUAGCUCCACUAUCAGACUCUCCUGACACCGAUGAUGAACACUCUCCCGGUGAUGCGGACACAUAUUGGAAAUGCUCGCAGUGUGGCAAAGUAUCCAGUUCAAAGUGGGGCUUGAAAAUACACAUGAGAACACACACCGGGGAGAAACCUUUUGCCUGCUCCAUUUGUGGGAAACGAUUCACUCAAAAGGGACAUUUACGAGCACACACACGAACACACACUGGGGAGAAACCUUUUCCCUGCACAGUCUGCGGUCUUGUCUUGAGUCAAAAGGUAAAUUUGACUAAUCACAUGAGAAUACACACUGGGGAGAAGCCCUUUGCAUGCUCGGUUUGUGGUAAAAGAUUCUCUGUGAAGGGACAUUUGAAAAUCCAUACAAGGACACACACUGGAGAGAAACCCUUUGUCUGCUCGGUUUGUGGUCAAACCUUCUCUCUCAAGGGACAUUUGAGAACACACACAAGAACACACACUGGAGAGAAGCCUUAUCCCUGCUCAGUAUGUGGCAAAAGAUUCUCUAUCAAGGGACAUCUAGUAGCACACACCAGAACGCAUACCGGGGAGAGACCUUUUUCCUGCUCCGUGUGUGGUCUUCGAUUAACUCAAAAGAUUAGUUUAACCAAUCACAUGACCAUUCACACAGGGGAGAAGCCUUACGAGUGCUCAUUUUGCGGUAAAAAAUUCUCAAUAAAGGGACAGUUGAUGACGCACACCAGAAUACACACCGGUGAGAAACCUUUUGUCUGCUCCGUCUGCACCGUAAGUUUCAGUGAUCGUUCGGGAUUAGUCAAACACAUGAGAACGCACACUGGGGAGAAACUGUACUCAUGCUCAUUUUGUGGCAAAAGUUUCUCUCAAAGAUGCACUUUGACAAUCCACACCAGGACACACACCGGUGAAAAGCCGUACAGUUGCGAUGUUUGCGAGAAAAAAUUCUCCCGUAAGGAUCAGGUGAAGAAACACAAGUGUGUUGGUGAGAAGAGAAGCGAUCAAUGAAGUGUAAAGAAAUGUUGAGUCUUUGCGAUGAAGUGUCCAAGUCUUUCAAACAGUGAGUGUGUUCACUCGCUCUUCUCGAGGCCUCAAUGCUGUUCAGAUGAAUUGUCAUUGCUUUCUUUGGCCAUGAGUCCUUCAACCAUCCGUGUAAUUUGUAUUGAAAAGUGUGAGACACUUGACUUUCGUACAGAACCUCCGAAUAUGAUUAAAAAACGGAGUCAGGAAAAUGUGGCCGAUUGAGGAAUCAUUUGUACUCUCUUAACAGCGUUACAUGUCAGGUCACGUGCACGCACCUGUAGGAGACCUGCACCGCAUGUUGGGAGUGAUGUCUCACAGGUCAUUUGCAUACACAGUCGAGCUGUGCGAUAUAACGCCACACAAUUUUAAAAUGUCGGACUGCCCGACAUGGUUUCUGUGGUGAGUUUGAUGUGCAGAUAUUGUUAGCGCCGCUGAUCUGAGACAGCUUGCUAUGGUGACAUCCUAAUGCCUCGCCCGGCAAGCAUGACCAGUCAACGCACUACUUCAUCCAACUCUUGCAUGAGUGUAACAGUUGGACUGAAUCGAAUUUGUAUUUAUUCCUUUAUCAGUUUGAUUGUUGUUGUAUAUAACGUGUGUUUUAGAAAUAAACGGAGAAAGGUUCAGAGACAA